AUGCUUUCAAUAAUAAAUAAUCUUUCCAGAGCGAGUCUUCUGAAGCACAGCCACAAAAUUCUCCUAAGAUCUCUGUCCUCACCGCCCGAUGAUGACACAUCAGCUUCCUCCCAACCUUCUUGUGAUGUCGUUCAGGGUCCCAAUUUGCUGAGAACUUCAGCAGCUCGGCCUUCGCCAUCCCUUAUGCUUCUUCCUGGCUUGCGAUCCCUACCAUUCUGGACCUCGCCGGAUAACACACGAAUUGCCUAUGGCGAUCCCAUGGUCAAUCAUGUGGUGGAACACCUUCAGAAAAAUGCAGAUUUGAUCCGGACCGAAUAUCUAGAGCGACAAAACGAAGAAUCCAAUAAAUUACCACCGACCAAUGAUUAUCAUGAUCAUCAAAAGUCUCUUCAUGAGGGAAAAUGGGAGUGGUUUUCAUAUUUGAACAAGGGAAAUGUUCAAGGAGAUUUUGCCUUUCAAUUUCCAAAGACAGCCAAAGUCUUGCAGGAACUACGAAAGGAUCACUUGUUGUUUGAAGGAACCCCAUUUGGAUUCUGCUUCUUUUCCAACCUUCAUGGCAACUCGAGUAUACAAGCACAUACCUCUCCUAUGAAUCUACGACUUCGCAUUCAUUUGCCACUCAUUGUGCCUUCGGGGCAAGAGGAAGAUGACUGUGCUAUUCGAGUGGGUAACAUGGUACGACCUUGGGUUCAGGACAAGGCCAUGGUGCUGGACGACUCGUACAAUCAUGAAGUAUGGAAUCGUACGUCGCAAGAACGAGUGUUGUUACUGGUGGAUAUUUGGCAUCCGGAUAUUUCACUGGAGGAAAAGAAGGAGAUUGUUGGCAUGUUCCAACAAGCUCGGCAAGAUGGGCUGUGGAAGAGAUAG